AUGGACACAUUGAAAAUGUUCCUCCCAUCCUCUUCACCGUUCGUGGCCAGCUCGUUCGUCGGGUGUGGUUUGGCCGACGAGGACAUGGACGAUCUUGGGUCGUGCUUCGACGCAGCUGGAAGAGGAACGAUCACAGAGUUACGACUCUCGGACACCUCGAUGACGACCGUUGGCGAGGGGCUACUCGAAGGCUUUGGAGCACUACGAGAGUUACGCAUGGAAAACAAUCUCUUUUCGGCGAUACCAUCAGGAUUGUUUCAGGACGUGGAGGCGCUUGAGUUCUUGAGCUUCCAGCACAAUGAGCUGGAGUCUCUACCUUCCGGAAUGUUUGAUGGGAUGAGCCACCUCUGGAGCCUGGACCUUGGUUCUAACCGACUGACCUCGUUACCUGACGGUCUCUUCGGGACUUCAAGCGGGCUAGCUUCGCUCAAGUCGCUGUAUUUUAAUGACAACGCUUUAUCAGCAGUCACAGCGGAGUGUUUCGAUGGUCUCGAGGCUGUUUCAACUCUGAACUUGAGCUCCAACACGUUGAGCUCCCUACCAUCGGGGUUCCUGGUGACCCUCACGGCCCUCAUUGUUCUGUAA